AUAACAACGAUAACAGAAUGGUGUGUUGUUUGUAUCUGGCCGUCGACCGCGGCAGACCAGCUUAACUUUGUUGUGCACACGACUUCCUGUGACCGUAUGAUUCCGAAGUAGAGUUGGUAUCCCGUGGCAACGACGACCACUAGCAGACGCAGCAUGCCGCUCAGCGUGCAGCCGGUGAGAUGAUCGACGCGAGGAAGAUGAAGGAUGGCCCGGUCACCACGGCGACGGUACGGGACGAGGAUGAGGAGGAGGUGGUUAGGAGGCAGGGGAUGGGCGUGCGCUCGCGCUCCCUCUCCUGCCAAGCCCUGCAGCUAGCCGUCUCCAACCUGAACCGACUCGACGACUUCCGCAGCAUCGAGAAGAUUGGCAACGGCUUCUUUUCCGAGGUGUUCAAGGUGACGCACAAGACAACGGGACAGGUGAUGGUGCUGAAGAUGAACAUGAUGAAGAGCAACAAACCCAACAUGUUGCGCGAGGUGCAGCUCAUGAACAAGCUCAACCACCCGUGCAUACUUAGGUUCAUGGGUGUUUGCGUUCAUGAAGGAGCUCUGCAUGCCCUCACUGAGUACAUCAACGGCACAAGCCUGGACGAGCACAUACAGAACAAGCAACUGGAGAUGACGUGGUCGAUGAGGGUCAAGCUCGCUCAGGACAUCGCCGAGGGCAUGAAGUACCUUCACAGCAUGAACAUGUUCCACCGCGACCUCACGUCAAAGAACAUUUUAAUCAGGAAGGACGGCAAGCAAAUGACAGCCAUCGUUGGAGAUUUUGGACUGGCAGAAAAAAUACCAGACCCGUUACGCGAUUCCCGGCUGCCGACCGUAGGCUCCCCCUACUGGAUGUCACCAGAGUGCAUCAAGGGGGAGUGGUAUGACGAGCUGAGUGAUGUCUUCUCCUACGGCAUCGUACUGUGUGAGAUGAUCGCACGCAUCGACGCCGACCCAGACGUGCUGCCACGAACACACCAUUUCGGCUUGGACUACACAGCCUUCACGGAACUGUGUGGCGACUGUCCGUCCGAGUUUCUCAAAAUGGCCUUCAAGUGUUGCAACGUGCAGGCGAAUGAGCGGCCGUCGUUCGCCGACAUCGUCUGCACGCUGCACCAGAUCGUCGACCACGUGCGGCAGAUGGAGGCCGUCACCGUGAAGGACAAGGUGGUUGCCGUCGACGACGCCGGCAGCAGGAGCGCCAACGUCUCGCCGAGGGAGCAGCCGCAGAAGCACCGAGCGCCACUGAAGCGGCAGCGGUCGUUCGAGGGGGUCAAGGCUAAGGGUAAGCCUCCGGUCGUGCGGCGAGCGAGCGGCUUUGACCUGACGAACAGUCCUGCGCGCAAGCACAUCAUCCGCAGACAUGUGAACAGCAUCAACCUGAAGCACAUCGGCGAGAUGAUGACGAAGAAAGACCCGUUCUACACGUCCAGGAGGGCGUCAGUGUCUCGCUUCCCCGAGGCGAAGAAGAUCGUAGACAUAUGCGAGGAGGAUGAGGGGCUGGCGCGGGAGCUGGACAUGCUGCUGCUGGUGCCACCUAGCUCACCGGUCAGCUACGACGACCUAGUCUACGGCAUGCGCAGCAAGGGUAAAGACAACGUGCCGGUGAGAGAGAGCAUGCCGGGGAGUCGAUCGCUCCCCACGUCGCCGACGGAGGUUCGCAGUGCCCUGAUGAAGUGGAGUGCCAGCAAAGAGGGCAAGACGCGCGCUCUGAGCGUGAACUGCAACUAUGGAGAUGAGUUUGCACCAGCGGUUAAACAUAGGCCUGCCUCCUGCUGCUUUGGCAAUCUAGUUAUUCCAAGCUACAAGCCUGAAAAGCUGGAGACGCUGGCAGUCGGCGGCGCCGCGCCCGCAUCCUACGUCAACGGUCGCCACGGCGAUGCCGCGACCAGCGCCGACUCGGUCUUCGACACGCACGACGACGGCGCCCUCUUGUGGCGCACCGCGAUACCGACAGGCAAACGCUCGCCGUCCGACUCGGGCUGCCACUCGCUCGACUCCUGCCAGAGCGACUGCAGCCUACACCGGCGCUCCCUGGCGACGGACGACGAGGCGUGCGCGUACGAGGCCAUCGACGAAGAGAUCUACGUCGUGCCAAGAGGGGGCGCCGGCGGAGGGGACCGCGGGUAUACGAGCUCGUGGUUCGGCAGCCCCAACUACACGGCGGCGUCGGCGGCGCUGCGCGACGGACGCAAGGGCUACGUCGAGACGCUGAGCCGAAACUACAUGGAGGCGGUGCACAAGAGCCGCGCGAACCCCCGGCGCCCCCUGGCGGACGCCGACCAGCAGCAGUGCGUGUCCGUGUUCUCGCUCGGCAAGCUGCAGCCCUCGGCGGCGCCCCCUGGCGUGCACCGGUGGCGGGGCGACGGCACGGCGCCCGCGCGGAAACUGAGCCAGCCCGACUGGCUGAAUCACAGGAUGCUCACGAAGGGUCAGGUAGGGGUCGGCUCGCCCUGGCACAAGAAACCGCCGUCGGGCACCGACCUCGACGACAUCAGCAGGUUAAAGGUCACAAAGCCGGGUCGCGGCGGCGACGGCGUGGGAGGCCCCGCCCGCCGGAAGGUGUGUGCCAACGGCGUCCCCGUGCCUCUGUAGGAGAGAGAGAGAGAGAUGGCCCGGCUCACGGCCGGGGAGGAAAGGACACCACCCGAAAACCACGUCUGCCACGGAGAGAGAAAGCUGCCGUGGUGGCGUUCUACUUCGACUGCGGGAGAGAGGGAGCGAGGCUGUGGCAGGGAGAGAGGGAGCUGCCGUGGUGGCGUUCUACUUCAACUGCGGGAGAGAGGGAGCGAGGCUGUGGCAGGGAGAGAGGGAGCUGCCGUGGUGGCGUUCUACUUCAACCGCGGGAGAGAGGGAGCGAGGCU